AAGAAAGAGAGAGCAAUGGCGUCUCCAUCGAAAUCUCCAACUAAAAAACCUGCUGCCAAAAGUACUCCAAAACUCCAUCCAUCCUUCCUUGACAUGGCAAUGGAAGCAAUACAGGCCAACACAGACUUCAAAGGUGCCUCCGUGCCGUCAAUUCGCAAUUAUAUUACGGAAAAAUACAAAACCGUGGACCCUACUACAGUUCGCUUCCACCUUAAACAAGCUCUUGCGAAGGCAGUGGAGAAAAACAUGAUAAUAAAAACCAAGAAAUCGGAAGAAAGACCACUCAUGACCAGCAGAUUCAAAGUGAACAAAGUAAAAAAGGCGGCAGAAAAAAAGAAACGGACUGAAAGCGAAGACAAAAAGAAAAUGGCGGCAAAACCGAAGGAGACGAAGAAAAAGGAGCCAGCAGCAAAGAAACCUACUGCAUCCAAAAAAUCUACCAAAGAAAAGACGCCAAAAGCAGCAGCAAAAUCGCCCAAAGCCAAAAAGUCUCCAGCUAAAGUGAAGAAAACACCUGUCAAAGUCAUCAAACCUAAGACUCCAAAGAGACCACAAAGUGUGAAGAAAAUGAAGAAGGCAAAGUAGGAAUUGUCAGAACCAAAUUGUGUUACUGUAAAUAGGAAUUGACAGGAGAAUGACUGCGCAAGGAAGUGUUUGAAUGGAUGCAUAUUGCUACUGGUGCUUUAAAUUAUUACAAGUGUGGGAGAAGACAUUGGAUGAUUGUUGCUGAGAAUUUUUAUUGUGUUUUGUUUUAAAUUGUGACUGCAAAUGGCUACAUUACACAAGUAUGCUUUUUAGAUAAAGAUUUCUUAAAUUUU